UCAUUCUAGUCAACACAACCGAUUAGAUGCCGCUGAAAAGGCUACCGUUUUCCAAAUGAAUUAUUUUAGCGUCUUACAAGCUUUGUUCGUUUUGGUUUCUGUUAACGUAGUGGUCUCCGGGCAUGUGUGUGGAUUUGAGUUCUGCCCUAAGACCAAAUCAAAUGCGAUCAAUGUGCAUUUGGUUCCCCACUCACACGAUGAUGUUGGAUGGCUAAAAACAGUUGAUCAAUAUUACUAUGGAAGCAAAAACAAUAUCCAGCAGGCUGGUGUCCAAUAUAUAUUAGACACAGUAGUUGAAGAGCUUUUAAAGAACUCAAAACGUCGUUUCAUACAAGUAGAAACAUCAUUUUUUUCUAAAUGGUACUCUGAACAAACAGGGACAAUAAAAAAGGCGGUAAAGAAAUUAGUCGCUGAAGGACGAUUGGAAUUUGCAGGAGGCGCGUGGAGCAUGAAUGAUGAGGCCGCAGUUCACUACCAAAGUGUCAUAGACCAAUUUAAUUUGGGCUUGAAAUUUUUGAAAGACACUUUCGGGGCUUGCGCUCGACCCCGGAUAGGUUGGCAGAUAGAUCCCUUCGGACAUUCUCGAGAAAUGGCUUCUAUAUUUGCACAAAUGGGUUACAGCGGUGAGUUUUUUGCUCGGAUGGAUUAUGCUGAAAAGAAUACACGUCUAAGUACCCUGACAAUGGAAAUGAUUUGGAAAUCUAGCGUAUACCUGAAAAACUCGGAAAUUUUCACUGGUUUGCUUUAUCGUCACUAUGGAUCCCCUCCUGGGUUCUGCUUUGACAUCCAUUGCACUGAUGAUCCAAUAAUUGAUGGAAAUAGCUACGACAAUAACGUAAACAAACGAGUUGAUGAUUUUAUUGCCUAUCUAACGACAAUGUCGAAGUCAUUCAGAGCUAAUCAUAUAAUGGUUCCAAUGGGUGAUGAUUUUCAAUAUGAAGACGCCGAGGUAAACUUUAAAAAUAUGGACAAACUUAUUAAGUACGUUAACAACCGUCAAAUGGAGGGUUCAAAAUUCAAUGUUUUUUACUCCACUCCAUCCUGCUACCUCAACGAAUUGCAUCAGUUACUGCAGAGUUGGCCAAACAAGACCGAGGACUUCUUUCCAUACUCCAGCGACACUCAUUCCUACUGGACUGGAUAUUUUACUUCACGUCCCACCCAAAAACGCUUCGAGCGGGAUGGAAAUCAUUUCCUUCAGACGGUUAAGCAACUUAGCACUCUAGCUAAUCUUACCAGCGCUGAGCAUAUAAAAGCCCUAAGCAACUUGCGGCAGGCAAUGGGUGUUAUGCAGCAUCAUGAUGCUAUUACGGGCACUGAAAAACAGGCAGUUGCCCACGACUACGACCAUAUGUUAUUCAAAGCAAUUAAUGGUGCCAAUAAUAAUGCUCGGGAUGCUCUACGUGUGUUAACUAAUCUUACUAGUGGGGAGUUCCAAAGUUGCUUAGAAUUAAAUAUAAGUGUUUGCGCGAUUACACAGUCAAGUGCCAACAACAUUGUAGUAACAUUAGUUAACCCGCUGGCUCAUACUUCUUCACAAUAUGUACGCUUGCCUGUAAGGAAAGAAAACUAUCAAGUCACCGAUGAAAACGGUCGUGAAGUACCAUCGGAGCUUGUACCUGUGCCAUUGGAAAUUUUAGCUCUUCAACACCGUUCGAGUGUCACUCAGCAUGAAUUAGUCUUUAAAGCCAAUGUGAACAAAGUUGCCAACUUCUAUAUUCGCGUACUCCCCUUUCCAAGAAAGAAAAAUGACUCAAACAACGCUCAGACAAUACCCAUAUCUAAAAACGAUUCUGAUGAAUUUACUUUGGAGAACUCGCUUGUGAAGCUUGUAUUCAAUAAUCGUACCGGUCUCCUUAAAACCAUAGAAAUGAAUGGUGUAACCGAAAAUAUUCAUCAAAGCUUUGCCAUUUACAAGGGCUUCCGUGGCAAUAAUGGCUUAGCUGAAAAUCGAUCCUCAGGUGCAUAUGUUUUUCGUCCAGACGGAGACAUUGAAUUGCCAAACUAUAAAACAACAUUUUCCAUUUACAAUGGUAAUAAUGUUAAGGAAGUUCAUCAACAUGUAAACGAUUGGAUAUCUCAAGUAGUACGAAUUUAUGAGGCGGUAAACCGAGUGGAGUUUGAAUGGCUGAUUGGGCCAAUCCCAACAGACGAUGGAGUCGGAAAAGAAAUUGUUACUCGCUUUACAAGCACCUUGUCCUCAAAUGGCUCGUUUUACACAGAUUCCAAUGGUCGUGAAAUGCUUGAGCGAAAGAGAAACCAAAGAGAAUUCUUCAAACCAGAUAUGACAGAAGAAAUAAGUGGCAACUACUAUCCAGUUACCUCACAAAUGUACAUACAAGAUGAACAUAAACGUAUAACUCUACUGAAUGACCGCUCACAGGGUGGAACUAGCUUGAAAGACGGUGAAUUGGAGUUGAUGCUACAUCGUCGUUUAUUAAAUGACGAUGCGUUUGGGGUCGGUGAAGCUCUUAAUGAAGAACAGUUCGGAACGGGCUUGAUAGCACGAGGAAAACUGUUUCUUAUUCUGAAUGCAGUGCCCGAAAAUCCAGCAUGCACCGAGCGUUUAACCCAACAAGAACUGCAUUUGCCAUUUUAUAAGUUUUUCAGUCAAGCAAAUACCGUUCCUUCAAUAGUUCAGCAUAUGAUCCCAGACUUUACCGAUUUUCCGGAAUCAAUCGAGCUUCUCUCCCUUGAACCUUAUUCAACCAACAAAAUUCUUAUACGAGUGGAGAACUUUAAUUCCUGUGGAGGCAUACAAAGUUUUAACAUGCAUACACUUUUCAAAACUCUGCGUGGGCGACAGAUUUGGGAAGUAACUUUAGAUGGAAAUAUGCCUCUAAGACACAUGAAGCGAUUCAAGUUUUAUCCAGACGGUACCGGUAUUAUUCCUUCUUCGGUUAAUUACUUCUCUACUCCGCAUAAGCCAAUGAAUGCUAAUUAUACGAUGGAUGUUUCUGAGUUUAUUGUGACGAUGUUACCAAUGCAAAUUCGUACCUUUAUAAUCCGACAGGAUUAAAUUAUUUACAAAAUUAUGCUGGACAACAACAGUACCAUAAAACUAAACCUUAAAAGAUAAGCUAUAAUAAAAAAAACGAGGAGGAACGUUGUGAGACGCGUUG